AUAGACAUCCUAAUAUGCGAUGUUUGCGGUGCCUGCUGCCAUGUUCUAGCCAAAAUCGCCAAAGUUCCAAUUGUGGUGGAUUAUAGCUCAUUGGGAUUUCUUGAUCCCAUUGUAUCGUCCGUUCAUAGGAUACCUAACCCAUUAGCAUAUAUACCGCAAAUGGGAACAGAUUACCCAACCUUAAUGACAUUUUCUCAGCGCUUAUCCAAUUUCUUAGGUUAUGUUGUCAUUAUCUUAUUUAAAGACUACGUAAUGGCGCCUCCUUUUAACGAAAUAUUGCAUCAACAUGGCAUAGUAAAUCAAGAUAUCUACAUUGAUCGAUCUCCUGCUCAUAUAUUACUUGUGGCGUCUGAUUUUGCAAUUGAAUUCCCCCGACCUAUUACACCUGGAGUUAAAAUGAUUGGACCAGUUACCGUACAAUCACCUCAACCUUUACCUCAAGAUAUUGAAAAUUUUAUCAACUCCAAUAGCAAUGGUUUCAUCUUUGUUUCAUUUGGUACAGUUGCAGUCGCUUUAAAUGCCAUCACUGACAUUGAUGAGAUGGCUAAAGGCCUGGGACAAUUACCAUAUAAUGUUUUGUGGAAAUACACUGGAUCACCCAUCAAAAAUUUACCUACUAAUAUUAAAACUGUAAAUUGGGCUCCCCAGAAUGAUGUCUUGGGCCAUGCAAAAAUUAAAGCAUUUGUAUCUCAUUGUGGAAUGAAUAGUGUACUCGAAGCUGCUUAUCAUGGUGUGCCAGUAAUUGCUGUACCAUUAAUGUACGAUCAAUCCAACAAUGCACAAAAACUUGCUGUUGCAGGAAUGAGUAAAAUCAUCAAUUUCCGAUAUUUAAAUGCAAAAUCCAUUAAACAAAUUAUUAAUGAUGUUGUUAGCGAUCCUACUUACGCUAAAAAUGCUAAAAGGGUUUCAAGUAUUAUGAAAGAUCGCCCAAGUAGGAGAAAGCCUAUUCAAGAAGCUGCAGACUGGAUUGAGUAUGCACUUCGAUUUGAUGGAUGUGAACAUUUACGCAGCCAAGAAAUGAAUAUGCCUUUCUAUCAACGAUAUUUACUUGACGUUAUUGGAUUUAUCGCUCUCACUAUAUACAUCAUCUAUCGGAUAAUGAGGAUAAGCUGCGGCUUUCUAUGUAAACGUUGUUGUGCUAAGAAAACGAAACAAGACUAA